ACUGACAGCCAGUUUCUCGGCCCCAUUUAAGGUUAUGUUAUUUAAUUUUCUGUACAUUUUCUACUUUUUAUGGGACAGUAAAUUAUGUAACACUCAGUAAAUUAAUUAAUUGCAAUGAGAAUUGGGUGGGUACAUAAACUAGUGAACAGAUGGCCUGGGAAGAAGACGUUUGGAAUGUAUAGGUUUUUACCUAUAUUUUUCACACUUGGAGCAGCAUUGGAAUUUUCUAUGAUAAACUGGAGAGUCGGUGAAGUGAACUUUUAUAGCACAUUUAAGAGGCGACAGGCGCACGAUAUUGUUGAAGAGAAGAUAAAAAAAUACUCUGCUGUUUAA